AUGACUUCACCACAACGAGCACCCCGAGUUUGCCGGAUAUGCAGAAUCAAGAAGAAGGCAUGCGGCAAAGAACUCCCUACCUGUUCUUACUGCUUCAAGCGCGGUUUCGAUUGCAUAUACGAGAGCGAGAGCGAUACGCCGCCAAUCAACGACGUUGCAACAGAGGUGUUCAAACCAUGGUCUCUUACGUUAUUCCCCAUGUCCAUUUCCACUGCCACUUUAGACAGAACGAUGGCUAAUCACAUGCACUACCUAUACAAAGUAGUCGGCCAAUCUCCCCUCCAAGCCGGGCAACGAUUCCUCGACAACUUUCAGCGAUGGUUACCUAUCAUAGCUCCGCGGCGCCUGCAUGAGCUUAUUGAGCUAAGCGAGCAAGGGCUUCCUGGGGCUGACGUUUCUGUUCUUUUGCUCUCGAUAUGCCUUGUUACUCUGAGGUCCGGUGGAGACUUGGAUGAUCCUUUCCUUCAUAGCUCCGCAGUACAUGUGACUGUCAAGACACUGUACGCUCAAGUUCAGGCUAUCACACAUGCUAACAUAGCUCUGGUUCAGGCUGGUGUUGUCUUAUCGGCUUAUGAGUAUGCUAGUGGUCAGAUUGACUCAGCUUACAUAUCCAUUGCUGCAUGCAUCAGAAUGGCACAGGUUGUUGGUGUUGACACUGCAUAUGAGCGAUUGGGUGCUGUCCAAGAAGAAACAAGGCAACAAGCGACGUCAGAGUGGAAUUUGUGGUGGUCCAUCAUCGUCCUGGAAAGGUUUAUCUUGCUAGAGUACAGCAAUACCGGACGUCGAUAUCACAUAGCCAUUUGCCCCGACUCCGACGUACCCUUACCUUCCGACACAGAAUCUAACGGUGAAUAUAUUCCAACUUAUUGCACCAUGUCUUCAUCGACUAUUCAGAGUUCUUCCAACUUGAGCAGUUUCGGCCGACAAGCGCAAGCUAUCUAUUUGCUUGACCGCUGCUUGAAUGAGAUAAGUCAUUUUAAGCAGGGCGACUCUGAAUCACAGCUCUUGAAGCUACAAGAAUUGGACAAAGACUUGCAAGAGCGGCUGUCUGUCUUUAUGACACAAACGCCACAUGAGCCGGGUCUGCGUUGUGGAACUAUCGCAACAGUAAUAAGGUCACUGUAUAUUUUACACGGCGAGAUAUUAUACAUAGCGGGGUUAUUUCCAGGUGACGCCAACAGAGAGGGAUGGAUGAAGAGCUCCGAAGCCGCGUUGGAGACGAUUACCACGAUCAUGGUUGAUGUUGCGAAACAUCACUUGGACUAUAUCACUCGUUCUGGUGUUGACAGCUUGGCUUUCUGCUGUGCAUGUAACCUUCGGGUAGCGAUAAGGUACACUGAAGAUCGCUGUAAGCAUGGCUAUGUAUGUAAAAGUCUGCUAGAUGGUCUAGGAUAUCUGAAAGCACUGGAAACGGUGUUCAAUAAGAGAUGGAACAUGAAUUAG